UCGUUGGUUCUAUAAGUGCUGAAAACAGUAAAGGUUUUAGUACAGCCGAGUUAAAUUAGUUUACUAUAACAGUUAAUAUGAUAAACAUCAAAAUUAUUCUUUUACUUAGUCUGGCAGCUUACGAGGAGUGUGGUGGCGGCAAUCUUUUAACACGUUUUUUUACAAAAAAGUCUUUGGCUGAUGCUAAUAGCGAGGACGGUGAAUCGAUUGGUUAUCAUUCGGCAAACGAGGUGCCGACUUAUGACAAGGAAAUUGGAACUGUGACUACAUUAUAUAACAUAGAAGAUGCAGUUCAUUACCUAGGUGAUAAUGUCACCGUAGAAUUUAAAGGAGAGGCACUCUUCAUCAACGGCAAAGAAAUCCAAGGGGUUACUCCGGGGACCCUUCAGAAAUCACGAGAAGAGGGCGUUGAUAGAAGAGAAAUGGAGAUAUCCAGUUAUCCUGCUUCAAGAAACUAUCCGUUUACUGACUUUUGUGUAGUUCAGUUUAAUAAUGAUACUUUAGAUGUUAUUAACCAAGAGCCAGAACGCAAAAUCCUUACAUUUAUAGGCGAUACACUCUCGAUCGACGGCAAAAAAGUCCCAGGAGUUAAUGCAAGGAAGAGGCCAUUAUUAAUAGAAUGGGGUGAUGGUGUACUCAAGAUCGACGGUACUUUAAACGGAGAAUUCGGUCCAAUACAUGGAAGAGGAUUCUGGGAGUGUUUAUGAAGCUAUAAAUCUACAAUAAAAAACAUAAUUUCAAUUUAUCUAAAUUCAAAAAUUGCAAACUGAUUAUAAAAUAUUAAAAUUAAAAUUAAAACUAAAACUAUAAUUAUUAAAA